AUGUCGAACGUGGAUGUGAAUCUAGUCGUUUUGUAUGCUGCGUCCUGCUCGCUCGCUCUCUGGGUUGCCACUAGGAUUCUAUCCCCCGAGCGGAAGCGGGCAGCUCGACACCGCGACUCACUUCCAUUGUUAGGUGAGACGUGGGCAGCGAUCAAGCAUGCUGAACACUACUACGACUGGGAGGCUGAGAUGACCGAGAAGAUGGAGGGGAGGCCUUGGAUGUUCGACGUUGUCGGUCGACCGACCGAGUUCGUCGUAGGCAGACCGGAGAUCAUCGAAGAUAUUCUUCUCACGCAAUUCAAAAGUUUCGGCAAGGGUGAAUACGUCCAUGAAGUACUGAAUGAUCUCAUUGGGGACGGCAUUUUCAGCGUGGAUGGUCACAAGUGGAUGCGGCAACGCAAAACAGCGAGUAAUUUGUUCUCCAUGCGAGAAUUGAGGGAGUCCAUGGCGACGAUCGUUCAGGAAAAUGCGAAUACUCUAAACGGAAUACUCGAGUGUACUAUGAGCAAAAGUGAGUCUCUGGAUCUCUUCCAUUUGCUUAAUCGAUUCACGUUCGAAGUCAUCUCAGAGAUCGCCUUUGGCAUCAAGUUUGGGGGUCUACUCUCGGAAUCGGAACAUCCAGUGGAGACGGCUUUCAACUGCGCACAGCAAAGAAUGUUUGAGCGAUUUCUAGAACCGACGUGGCUGUGGAAGCUUCAGAGAUGGUUAGACAUUGGGAGCGAGCGAAAGUUGAAGAAGAACGUCCAAAUUAUUGAUAAUACGUGCUACAACAUUAUCUCUCGUUCGAUAGAGGAGCGACACACUAUGGGUAGUACUGCUAGUGGUUCAAAGAGAAACAUCAUAUCACUGUUCUUAGACGGUGUUAGUGACGGUGCCAAGAUCGAACAAGACCUUGAUCCAAAGUUUUUAAGGGAUAUCGUGGUGUCUUUCAUGACGGCAGGUCGGGACUCAACAACUGCAGCUCUCAGCUGGGUCUUCUACACUGUGAGUCAGUAUCCCGAGGUCGAGAAGAAGAUCCGUGAAGAGAUCAUCUCAAAGGUCCCAGAGCUCGCCAGUGGUGCCAUUGCGUCGCCGUCCGCAACCCAAGCGAAUGAAUUGGUGUAUCUCGAAGCUGUUGUGAAGGAGGUGCUUCGUUUAAACCCCGCUGUGCCGUCCAACAUCCGUGAGGCGCUUGAAGAUGUUGUUUUGUGUGAUGGAACUAUUGUGAAAGCCGGUGAAGCUGUAAGCUGGUCGUCUUACUCCUUGGGAAGAAUGCCUCAUAUUUGGGGUUUGGACGCAAAAGAAUUCAAACCGGAGCGAUGGAUCGACGCCACCAGGGGAAAACUCGUCACUGUAUCCCCGUGCAAAUACCCUCUUUUCAACGCAGGGCCUCGUAGCUGCCUUGGUACCAAGUUGGCAAUGAUGGAGAUAAAGAUCACCGCUGCUAGCGUGUUGAGCAAAUACCAUCUGACUGUUGUUCCGGGACAGACGAUUACCUACAGGAUCGGCUUGUCACUCGCCAUGAAAAACGGUAAUCAUAAGAAAAUUUGA